AUGGGAAUUGGUGUGACCUCAGUUCACAGUGUGUUAAAAGAAUACAAAAAAAAUGAACAAUUUAAGAACAAGAAACGAUUUUUUUUUGCCGCUAUGAGGGGAAAAGUACAUCAUUUUUUUAAUGCAAAUGAGUCACCCACCAUAAUAAAGAUUCUUAAGGUUGUCAAUGAAGACCCAGACUUACCCAAUUUCUCUUGGAGUACAUUAAGAAAUGUUCUGAAACAUUUAAAUUUCAAAUAUUGUAGUUGUAAUUAUAGACAGGACAAUGUUUUAUGGCGCCACCGAUACCUUCGAAAAAUUAAAGAGUAUCGAAGGGAAGGAAGGUAUAUUUAUCACCAAUAUGAAACCUGGAUCAACGAAGGUCAUGCACCGAAGAAGGCAUGGAUUGACCAGACAGUGGCAUCGUCCCGCCAGGCCUUCUUAGAUGGCUUGACCACUGGCUUAAAACAGCCUUCAGGAAAAGGCAAACGAUUAAUUAUCGGCCAUUAUAUAUAA